AUGCCGUUCCACGCCGGGCAGCAAGGCCUCUUCGACUUCGACCAAGUUGAUUUCGAUUUCAAUGUCCAAUUCGAACAGCUCUUCUUCUCUAUCGUGCCAUCAGUGGUUUUCAUUGUCGCAUCAACAUGGCGAGCUGCCACUCAACUUCGGAAGCCUACGUUGGUGAAGGCACCCAUCUUCCAAUUUAUCAAACUGACUACCAUCAUCAUAUAUCUGACUCUCGAGUUAGCACUGUUGGUGCUUGCAGCAUUGUCCAGGUUCCAGGCCUCAAGCACGUUUCUGGCGGCUUCGGUCCUCAAACUAGUGUCUGCUUUGACAAUGGUCACCCUCAGUCUCGCUGAUCACAACAAGAGUCCACGCCCGUCAGUCUUACUUGGUAUCUACCUUUCGUUGACACUACUUCCCGACGCGGCUCAAGCGAGGACGCUCUUCCUUUCGUCUGAUGAUAGCUCAGAAGUCGCCUACAGCAGCGUGUUUUCUGCUGCACUCAGUUUGAAGAUACUCAUACUUUUGCUGGAGGCCAAGAAAAAGUCUCAAUGGUUGGCCUGGGAUAAGAAUGAUCAUAGCCCAGAGGAGUUCAGUGGCAUCUUCUCGCUUGGUGUCUUCGCAUGGCUCAACAAGAUGUUCUUGGACGGCUACAAAGGAGUUUUGACAUUGGACGACCUCUACCCACUCGACAAUGCUCUGGAUGGCAAAACUCUACAUAACAAAUUUUCCGAGCAUAUGGACUACACGAGGCUGAACGGCGACAAGUACGGUCUUGUCAAGGUACUUAUACGCACUCUCAAAGGCCCCUUGCUAAUCCCUGUCAUCCCACGCCUGGCUCUUUUGGCGUUCACGUUCUGUCAACCUCUGUUUAUCCAGAGCAUAUUGAAUUAUCUUUCACAGCCAGAGCUUGACGCAAAUGUCGGAUACGGCUUUAUCGGUGCGAGUGUAUUGAUAUACUCGGGAAUCGCCAUUUCGACGGCUUUGUAUUGGUAUUGCUACCAUCGUUUGCGUACUAUGAGCAGAUCUAUACUCGUCACCGAGAUCUUUCUCAGGACUACACAGGCUCGUCUCGGAUCAUCUGACGAGAAUGCAGCGGUGACUCUCAUGAGUACUGACAUGGAACGCAUAGAUCUGGGGUUCAGAUCCUUGCACGAGAUCUGGGCUAGCGUCGUACAAGCCGGUCUAGCCAGUUGGUUGCUAUACAACCAAUUAGGCAUACUCUUUAUGGCACCAAUCGGAUUAGUGCUUGUCUCAUUCACUCUUCUUGUGAUCUUCAUGAAGUUUGCUGGGGACUCUCAACGAGCAUGGAUGGCCGGAGUUCAGAAACGUGUCAGUCUGACCGCGACUGUCAUUACCAGCAUGAAGAGUUUGAAGCUGUCCGGACUUUCCGGCACCAUCACAGACUUCGUUCAGGGACUUCGCGUAGAAGAGAUCGCUGCAGGUGCCCGGUUUCGCAAAAUCACUAUCAUCGCUGCGUUCCUAGGCUUUGCCCCGAUGUUAUUGGGUCCACCCUUGACGUUCGCAUUCACGCAAAAGACUCUGAACGUGUCAAGGACAUUCACCAGUCUCUCAUAUUUGACACUAUUGCUAAGUCUAUUGACUCAGAUCUUCCAAGCGGUUCCGCAAGUCCUGUCCGGACUGGCAUGCUUAAGUCGAGUUCAAGCGUAUCUGGAAUGUGAAUCGCACGCAGAUUUCCGCAAGAUGAGCAGUACACACAUUUCAAGUCAGAAGAAGACUAUGAGAUCAUCUGAAAGUGCUGCAAUAAAUUCCGAGUCUAGUUGCGUUAUCGACAUGGAGAACGCAGAGUUUGGAUGGGAACAAGAUAAGCAUGUUCUGCACGGCGUGACGACACAAAUCAAAAAGUCGGCGCUCACGAUCGUGGUAGGGCCCGUUGGCUCAGGAAAGUCGACGUUCUGCAAAGCCUUGCUUGGUGAGAUUCCAUUUUCCAAAGGCAGAAUGACGCUCACCACCAGUGUCCCACAUGUGGGUGUUUGCGAACAGAUAGCGUUUCUAUCCAACGGAUCCCUUAGAGACAACAUAGUGGGAUUCUCACCCUACGAUGCCAAACGCUAUGCCGAAGUUAUCGAGGCUACCGCUCUGUCUUUCGACCUAGACUCGCUUCCACAAGGCGAUUCGACCAACAUAGGAUCUGAUGGCAUAACUUUGUCGGGUGGACAAAGGCAACGCGUCUCUCUUGCCCGAGCUCUAUAUCUGCAGACAGACCUGCUCGUACUUGAUGACGUAUUCAGUGGUCUGGAUGCUGAUACCGAAGAUCAGGUGUUCCGUCGAGUUUUUGGAUCAGGUGGAUUGCUCAGACAACGACAAGCAACUGUUGUGCUCUGCACACAUAGCAUCAGCCAUCUACCGGCAGCAGAUCAAAUCAUAGCUUUGGGACAUGGUACCAUUGCCGAGCAAGGUGAAUUCAAGAAGCUCAUGGCUCGUGAAGGUUAUGUGCACCGUCUCAGAACCUGGGACUCUAUGGAUGACAAGUCUUCGUCUGGGAUAUCUCGCUCGGAAAGCAACACCCACGGUCCGGAAACCCCUACCGGUCGUAAGGUUGAGCUUCCACCGUCAACUCCGAUACGUACGGCAGAUGCUCUAAGGCAAGGAGGUGACAAAUCUGUCUACACGCACUACCUUAAGAGCAUGGGUUGGACUUUGGCCGGACUCGCAGUCUUCUCUGCAGCUCUUUGGGGAUUCUUCACCAAUUUUCCCACUAUCUGGCUCACAUAUUGGUCAAACGAUGUCUCGAAGCCCCAUCCUGUCCAUCCAUGGGCCUACUACGCUGGGCUGUACGCAUUAUUUCAAGUCUGUGGGCUCUUCUCACUCUUGUCGCUUGGAAUAGUCAUCUUCAUUGUCUCAAUAACACGAGUAGGGGCAAACCUUCGCAAGACUGCUUUGCAUACACUCGUCAAAGCGCCUCUGAGUUUCUUCACUAGCACCGACACCGGAGUGGUCACAAACUUUUUCUCACAGGAUCUCAAUUUGGUUGAUACAGAGUUACCGAAUGCGCUACUCAACUUCCUAUUUGCUUCGUUCUCAGCUAUCGGACAAGCAGCCGUGAUUCCCACAUCCUCUCCUUAUAUGGCUAUCAGCUACCCAUUCCUGAUCCUGUUGCUGUAUAUCGUACAGAAGUUUUACUUGAGGACCGCCAGGCAGUUAAGAUUGCUCGAUUUAGAGGCCAAAAGUCCCUUGUAUACACAUUUUCUCGACACCACAAAAGGCAUUGUCACUUUGAGAGCUUUCGGUUUCAUAUCGGAGGAACUCGACAAAAACGCACGCCUGGUAAACGACAGUCAGCGCCCUGCAUAUCUGCUAAUCAUGGUUCAACAAUGGUUGAAUCUUGUGCUCAAUGUCGUGGUAAUGACCAUGGCUGCAGUGUUGACGACCCUUGCAGUCCGUAUGCAUUCGAGCUCUGGAUUCACUGGUGCUUCCCUAGUGACUCUCAUGGGAUUUGGAGAGAGUCUGUCUGACAUCGUGGUCUUUUACACUAGAUUAGAGACGUCGAUUGGGGCAAUCUCCAGACUAAAGACGUUUAGCGAGACUGUGCUACCCGAGGACAGAGAAGACGAAGAUGUUGUUCCUCCAGUGCAAUGGCCACAAACAGGUUCUAUCGUGAUGGAAGGAGUAUCUGCCAGCUACAAGAGUCUUGAAGCCCAAGACAACGAGUCUCCUCACUUGGCUGUGCGAGAUGUCAGUCUUACCAUCAGUGCUGGAGAGAGAAUUGCCAUAUGCGGCCGUACGGGCAGUGGGAAAUCCAGUCUCAUCGCUAUAUUCCUCAAGCUACUGGAUGCCACUCCGGAGACAUCUGCCAAUGUCACGAUCGAUAAUCUACCACUGUACAAGAUCGAAAGAUCUGCACUGCGCCAACGCGUCCUUGCACUUCCCCAGGAAGCUGUCUUCCUGCCCGAUGGCACGACCUUCGCUACCAACCUGGAUCCUCUCAACAUUUCUGACCCUCACAACUGUGAAUCUGCGCUGCAGUCUGUCGGUUUGUGGAAUCUAGUAGUCGAAAAAGGCGGCUUAACAGCAGAGAUGUCCGCAGGUACCCUCAGCGCAGGCCAACGCCAACUUCUGUCUCUGGCUCGUGUAAUCCUUCGCAGACGUCACCGAGCAAGUCAAGGCGCCAAUGGUGGUAUAUUGUUGUUGGAUGAGGUUAGUUCGAGUGUUGAUCAAGCUACUGAGAAAGUCAUGCAGGAAAUCAUCAGGACUGAAUUUGAGGGCUAUACUGUUGUAGCUGUGAGUCAUCGUUUGGAGAUGAUCAUGGACUUUGAUAGGGUUGUUGUUAUGGAUCAGGGGAGUGUUGUUGAGGUUGGAGUGCCGAGGGUUUUGGCUGAGAAGGCUGAGAGUAGGUUUGGUGAGUUGGUGCGAGCUGGCGAGUAG